AUGCUGGUGCCUUACUGCGUCGUGAUCGUUCUUAACUUCUAUUUCCGAUUCGCAGUGUACGAGAACGGAACAUGUCGAAUUGGCAUGACGAGAGGUGCUGCAAUACCACUUUUGACCUUCGAUUUUGUGGUCAAUAUUUAUAUGACUUGCCUAUUUCUCCUCCCGCUUCGAGGUCUCCUCUCUUAUAAAAUAGAUACCGGCUCCCCAGCUCGUACGGUUGCUCAGAGAACAUUCAUCGGAAGUCUCGGCACCUUGAUAUCAAGCAUCGUCAACCUAACUGUCAUGGUCGUCCUUAACGGCGAACCAGGCUGGAUCUGCCUCAUGUGCUGCAACAUCGACAUCCUCUUCUCCGUCCUCGUGCUCCACUGGAUAACCUCCAAAGACAACGCCUCCACAAUGUCGACCUCACACCCCUCCUUCAGCGCCCCUGCCACCCGCGGCCAGCCCCCCUCCUCCUGUCCCCCGCGCUCGCGCACCCCUCACCCAGACAUCAACUCCUACGACAUGGGCCUCGAGUACAUGGCUAAAGGUGGCGUCACCACCUUGGUCACCGCCAGCCACGAUCUUGACGAUGAUGAUAUUGAGAAGAUAUCCGGGAUGCCGAUGGCGAAUAAUGUGAUUAAAGUGCAGUGCGAACAUACGCGCGAGGUGGUGGAUUUGAAUGAUAGUAGGGGACUGGAGAGUAGCGGGAGUGGGAGUAUGGAUGAUUGGUGUAAUAAAUGUGAGGAUGACCGUGUGUAG